AUGCACGAGGUCAUGAAAACAGAUCAAGCCAAAUAUGAACGGAUUGAGGGCCCUGAAAAUACCGCUGAUAUCUUGGGCAUCUCCGCUGUCCUAGUGCAGGAUAUGGCUUCUAAACGGGACCGGGUGACUUCCUUCGAGGGAGACACGGGUCCGUAUCUUCAGUGCUCGGAUGCUUGUCUGGGUUCCAUCAUCUACAAGGCCAAUAUACCUUCUGAGCAGCUCAGAGAAGCAAGUCUAUCAAUGUUGCAAGAGAAGCAUGCGAUUAUCAUCAUCCAGAAGCUGGCAUAG